CAGCGCAUAUGUAUUAUGUUUAUGUAAUAUAUUAUAUUUAUAUAUGAAACUGACUGCCGGCAGCUCUCUCUGCUCAUUCACCCACCUAACUCCAUCACGCACCGCUUUCAUCUGUGCCUCUAAACCUUAUCAGCAGAAGCUCUUCCUUCUCAUGUUCUAGCAUUUCUUUCUUCGCCCCUUUUCAUCUUUACAAUCAAAACCCAUUUCCUUUUAAUAACGGAAAACAAGAUAAAAGAAAGGGAAAAUAUCGAUUAUGGCUUUUGAGAAGAUCAAAGUCGCCAACCCCAUCGUUGAGAUGGAUGGAGAUGAAAUGACUCGGGUUUUCUGGAAAUCAAUCAAGGAUAAGCUUAUUUUCCCCUUUUUGGAGUUGGACAUAAAAUACUUUGACCUUGGCCUUCCCCAUCGUGAUGCCACUGAUGAUAAAGUUACAGUUGAAAGUGCAGAGGCUACCCUUAAGUACAAUGUUGCAAUUAAGUGUGCAACAAUAACUCCUGAUGAAGCUCGUGUGAAGGAGUUUAACUUGAAGCAGAUGUGGAAAAGUCCAAAUGGCACAAUUAGGAACAUUUUAAAUGGCACUGUUUUUAGAGAACCUAUUAUUUGCAAGAAUGUCCCCCGGCUUAUCCCUGGUUGGUCAAAGCCAAUUUGCAUUGGAAGGCAUGCUUUUGGUGAUCAAUAUCGAGCAACUGAUACAGUUAUUAAAGGCGCUGGCAAACUCAAGUUGGUUUUUGUACCUGAAGGACAGGACGAGAAGACAGAGUUAGAGGUUUUCAACUUUACAGGUGCUGGGGGGGUGGCAUUAUCGAUGUAUAACACUGAUGAGUCAAUCCGUUCUUUCGCUGAGGCCUCUAUGAACACAGCUUACCAGAAAAAAUGGCCACUUUAUCUUAGCACAAAAAAUACCAUCCUUAAGAAGUAUGAUGGAAGAUUCAAGGACAUUUUUCAGGAAGUCUAUGAGGCCAACUGGAAGUCAAAGUAUGAGGCUGCCGGAAUAUGGUAUGAACAUCGGCUCAUUGAUGAUAUGGUGGCUUAUGCUCUCAAGAGUGAAGGUGGUUAUGUUUGGGCAUGCAAGAACUAUGAUGGAGAUGUGCAGAGUGAUUUCUUGGCCCAAGGUUUUGGAUCGCUUGGAUUGAUGACAUCCGUACUGGUGUGCCCAGAUGGAAAGACUAUUGAAGCGGAGGCAGCCCAUGGUACAGUCACUCGACAUUACAGGGUUCAUCAGAAAGGUGGUGAAACCAGCACAAACAGUAUAGCUUCUAUCUUUGCUUGGUCACGAGGUCUUGCACACAGGGCUAAGUUGGAUGAGAAUGAGAGACUCUUGGAUUUCACCCAGAAGCUUGAAGCAGCUUGUAUUGGAACAGUGGAGUCUGGCAAGAUGACCAAGGAUCUUGCAUUGAUUAUUCAUGGGCCUAAGGUUACUCGGGACCAGUAUCUCAAUACUGAAGAGUUCAUUGAUGCUGUGGCCGCAGAGCUGAAGGCAAAACUUGGAAUCAAGCCAUAAUUGCUUUGGCAGGCAACCUGGAGGAGGAAGAAACCUACGUUAUUGGGAAGAAAUAAAAGGAGAGGAGAAAGGAAGGGAAAGGUUUAGGGCACAGUUCUACUUUCCGUCUCCUGUUCGAUUCAGUUCAAUAUCAAUUUCAAUGUACGUGCACAAUUUGUUUACUUUCAAGAUGGUAUUUAUCCAAGAAUCAAAACGAUGCGCAUUCCCUUA